AUGACGGGACAAGCGAUGGCUACGUUGGUGAUCGUGAUGGGUACUUCUGGCUCGGGGAAAUCGACGGUGGGGUCGGCAUUAUCGGCUGCACUGGGUUGUGCGUUUGUCGACGGAGACGAUUUGCAUCCAGCGAGUAAUGUGGACAAGAUGUCGAGGGGUCAGCCUUUAAACGACCAAGAUCGGGAGCCGUGGUUGAUCACGAUUCGACGUACCGGUUUGGAACUCGCUACCUCGCAAACACUGGCUUCUGAUGCUCUGCGCAACAAAGAAAAAAGCCAAUCGGCAAAGCUGGCCGAAGUAUACGAGACAAGUCGCCAAUCCACCUCGCAGAUCGACCUGGCUGCUGAAUCCAGCUCGAUUCGCGCUAAACCGCAACCAAGCCAAGCACAUUCCAACAAGCAUAUAGCCGUCAUCGCGUGUUCCUCGCUGAAACUCAUCUAUCGCAGACUGCUCAGAGGCACAAUCCCGUCGCUCACACACCCCACUGCGUCUCAACCCGAAUCUCAGCUACCGUCGGAUCUGCAAGUCAUCCAUAUCUACCUCGAUCUCUCCAAGCAAUUGCUCGAACACAGAAUGUCGAAUCGCAAAGGCCACUUUAUGAAGUUGGACAUGCUCUAUUCUCAGUUAGAUACAUUGCAGGUGCCGGACGAGCACAAGGAGUUCGGGGUGAUCAAAGUCAAGGUGGAAAGCGAGACGACUACGGAUGAGAUCGUCAAGGAUGCCAUGGAUCAGUUGAAGCAGAGAGGUGUAAUUUGA